AAAUAUCGUCGAACCGCCAUUUAAACAAGCAUAAAAUUUGAAAUGUUUGAGCGCCUAUGGCGAAGAUUCUUUUUAUAAUUUACAAUUAACGCGUAGAAAAAUAUCACGUUUUAAAUAUUAAACAUUAUAAAAUUAAUUACUUUAAAAUGCUCCAAGAGAGAUAAGCUAUUUUGCGAUAACAAAGAUGUUUACGUAAAAUAAAAAAAACUCUUUCCUCAUAUUGUUCUUCUUUCUCGUAUGAAGAUAGGAACGCGUCGUCAUAUAUAUAUAACACAUGAAUUUACGCACAUAUCGAAGCAUAUAUUUUCCAUAUAUAUCCUCUCUGACAUGCGCUUAAUUCAUAUAUUAUGUGUUCAAAGGCAAAUGUGUGCGCGUAUAAACUUCCUUUAUUUCCGUGAUAGGAGAAAAUUAUAUACAUAUAUAUAUAUAUACACAUUCUCAACAGGUGCGUAAAACCGACAGCUCCGACUUGUUCAAGGAUCUCGAGGAGUGAUGUAAUUUGACGUAAUCUCGUAGGAUUUUAAUUUUUUUAGUCAUAAAUUGAAAAGUCACGGUAGCGAUGACAUCACUUUUCACCGCAAGUGUAUAAAUGUGCGGAUAACUGUCAAACGGGACGGACUUGCCGCGUGAAAUUCAUAUCGGUCGUGAAAAAUAUGCUAUCGCAUAACUUACUCGUCAACACCGGGAAUAUACUUUCCCUGAGCGAGGCGAGGCAGAAGGCGAGUCAAAAUUCCACGGACGAGCUGAUCGAGACGUUAAAAAUUAUUCUGAAUGAUAAGCAAAGCAAAGGAGAUGGAACAACAGUUAUUAAUGGAAAGGAGGAUACAAGCUUGCAGGAUGUCGAUAGAAAAGAUUUGAAGAUUACUGUAAAAGUAUUUAUCUCUUCACCCGAUGUUAACUCAUUGAAGGAGGCAUUAGAUCAAGCAUUUAAAGCACUAGGUACAAAUAUCAUAGAAUCUUUAGUGAUAGCUUACAAAAGUGCUGAAGAUCCAGAGAUUAUAUUGUCAUCAUUAAAAAGAAUAUGGUCUGUAGUGGGAGAAUACGUAAAAGUUGGUAAAUUAUCCAGUGUUGGUUUGAGUGACAUUAACACAAACACAUUCAUCGAACUAUUUCAGUGGGCUGAUAUAAAGCCAAAUAUUGUACAAAUUAAUUUAGCCACGUGUUGCGUAGUACCACCAGCCUUGCAAGAAUUUACUAAGGAAAAUGACAUUCAGUUGUUGACACACAGUGAUCCAUGUGACUGUAUGUAUAAUAGUUUUGAUCGUCCUUCGAGCGGCUCGCAGCCCUUGCUAGCGGUAGCCGAUCGGGAGCCCGGUGGACAGCGGUGACACCGGAGGAGAGUCCUUCCUUUUGUGUGUGUGUGUGUGUUCCCGGCGUCUCCGUCGUCGUAGACCGGCCUCGAUAUAUGCGCUUCGUUUUUUCCCUUUACCAUCACCGCCUUGUGCUGCUGCUACCUUCUCGGAUCUUUUCCUUUCCCGCCCGUUCUACGUUCUCUACUCUCCACCGCUCCCAAGGAUCCUUUUACGUUAAGCCGCACCGCGUGGCACACACGUUUACUGCGAGGACAACGAAGCGAUGGAAC